AUGGCGGGACUGAUACACAACAACUUUCCGGUCUUCGACGGGAAAGACUACGAUGACUGGUGCGUGAAGAUGGAGGUCAUCUUAGGGUUUCAAGAAGUAGAUGAAGUGGUGAAGAAAGGACUUCAAGAACCCUUGGAAAAUGAUUCAAAAACGGUGAAGAAACAGUAUAAAGAGAAUUGGCGUCCUGAUUGCAAAACAAUGAUGCUGUUACACCAGUGCAUCUCUCCGGCUAUGUUUCAGAAAGUAUCGAAAGCUGCUACAGCCAAAGAAGUAUGGGAUAUCCUUCAAGAUGCGUUUGGCAACUCCGAGGUUAAAAAGGUACUCUUGCAGUCUCUCCAACGGCAGUAUGAGCUUUUUGGCAUGGGUGAGGAAGAAACAGUGACAGAUUAUGUAGGAAGGAUACAAGCUUUUGUCAAUGAUAUGAGAGCUUGCGGGAAAGUUGUAAAGGAUAGAAAGAUCAUCGAAAAGAUUCUACGCACGUUGACGCCACAGUAUGAUCAUAUUGUGAUCACCAUUGAGGAGUGCAAGGACUUGGAAACAUUGAAAAUUGAGGAGCUGCAGAACUCGCUCGUGGCACAUGAGCAGAGGUUGCUGGAAAGUAAAAAUGCAGAGAAAGCUGCAACGCAAGCAACGAGUCAGGCACUGCAGGAAAGAUCGAAACAAACCUUCAAGACUCGUGGCAGAGGUCGUGGGAGAUCGCGCGGCCGAGGUGGUCGCAACGGAGGAAGAAACUAG